AUGGCUGUCGCAUCUAUUCAAGACCGAACCUCCGAGUUCAAGUCGGUACUCGCCCAGGCACAGCGAAAACAAUCCUCCUCAAAAGUCAGCUCUCAGCGCCGGUCUCUAUUGACUGAUGCGCAAAAAGAUGCCGCCAACGGUCAUGCUGGAGGUCCUCCAAGACGAUCCGAGUUCGCCCGGAAGGCUGCUGAAAUUGGACGUGGCAUCUCUGCGACUAUGGGCAAGUUGGAAAAGCUAGCUCAAUUGGCGAAGCGACGAACACUUUUCGACGACCGUCCUGUGGAAAUCAACGAGCUUACUUUCGUCAUCAAGCAAGAUCUCUCGUCUCUGAACCAGCAAAUUGGAGCUCUUCAAACACUCACCAAGCAACAACACCCCAAGGCCGAUCAGGAGGGCGAGCACAACAAGAAUGUCGUCUACCUACUACAAGGCAAGCUCACUGACGUCUCGGUCAACUUCAAGGAUGUUCUUGAGGCCAGAACCAAGAACAUCCAGGCAUCGCGAUCAAGAACAGAGAACUUCAUCUCCUCUGUGUCGCAACAUGCUCAACCAUCGAUUCAACAGUCGGCUUCCCCUCUCUACGGAACACCAGCUCGCAACUCACCCGCACCGGGAGCUCAAGAUACACUGUCUCUCAACCCCGUCGGUGAUCAACAGCUGCUGAUGAUGGAAGAGGCACAGCCUUCCAAUACAUAUAUCCAACAACGAGGCGAAGCGAUUGAGGCUAUCGAGAAGACCAUUGGCGAACUUGGCAGCAUUUUUGGACAACUAGCUACCAUGGUUUCGGAACAGAGCGAGAUGAUCCAGCGCAUUGACGCCAACACAGAGGACGUGGUCGAUAAUGUUGAAGGAGCCCAGCGAGAACUCCUCAAAUACUGGAACCGAGUAUCAAGCAACAGAAUGUUGAUUGCCAAGAUGUUUGGAACGCUAAUGAUUUUCUUCCUGAUCUGGGUUCUUGUUUCGGGCUAA